GGAAAGUUUCAUGCCGGUUCUCAAAACGACUGAGCUUGACCGGCCAUAUCGACGUGAGUGAAUAAGCCCGCCUCAGGCCUGCUGCAGGGCCGCUGCAAGAAAUCUGCGAUUACGGUAUUGAAACUAAAGCUGGAAAGUAAGAUCUUAUCCCUCCUCUCCUCUCAACUUCAGAACUUAGAAGAGUGGCGCCCUGCGCCAGCUCUGGUCCAAGGUUUUCUUUGGCUUCUUCGCUUUGCCGUCUGGACGUACUUCUUACGUUUCUUAUUAGGCUGAAGCUCGGUAGACAUUCAUGUACUUUUCAUUGCAAGUUUGUUGGAUAGCGCUAGGGCUUUGAUGAGUUAGGUGCAGCACGGCUUGAUCGUUUGCCGGCUCCUGGGCUUUGAAAAAGGUGGUGCAACUUGAUUGCGCUUUCACUAGCUGGCUAGGAAAAUGAGUAGAGAUGAAGCGGCGCGGAUGCAACAUCUGCAGGACGGAGUGGAAAACCUGGUUGAAAAGAUCGAACGUCAGUUCAUUCGGCCGGAGAGGAUCAAGACCUUUGAGUGCUGCAUAGACUGCUGCAAGGACGACUCCUUACGGCAGAUUGAGCUGCAAAACUGCCUGACGUCCUGUACAGAUGGCAUGCAACGAAUUGAGGAAGUGGUGAAUCAGGAACUAGCAGAGCUGCAGAACCGCUUGCAAAGAUGCGCAAAUCAGUGUCAGGACCAAGCAAAGCUGCAAGUGCCACCCGAUGGCAACCUGUCAGCGGACAGAAAGGCAGCACUCCAAGGCGAUUUGCAAAGCUGUGUAAAUAGAUGCGUCGAUCAGCAACUGAAGAGUCUACCACAAGUUGAAAAGCGGAUCCAGUACGGCAUUAGGCGCGUCUCAGGUUAGGAGCUUUGCUAAUCGAGGUGGUUCAGAAAUCUCGAAGCCAGUGAUUGUGUUCUUCGGCUCGGGAAGUGGUGCUUUUCAUAGCUGGUCUACCUGGCCGAAGUGCACCUGUCGCUUCCAGAUGGCACUUGCGCUCUCCCUUGCUGUAAACUCGAAAAUUUUGAGGAUGUUAAUUGGAAGUCCUACAGGCGGUAUGAGCGCCUCAGUGGGCCCCUCGUUCUUGAUUGGACCUUUCUUAAGGUCUAUACAAUUGCAAGUGUCCGAACAUUCCUCCGAGCACAUCUUACAUGCUGUAAUACGUAGAAGGCAAACCAAGUGGAGCGCUGAUAAUAUGGUAGUGAGUGGGGCCUUUCCAAUGAAGGCAACCAAAGACAUGCAAAUGGCUUUGGUUUGCAUCCAACCAUUUUUUUGAUAUGGGGCCCGUCAAACGACGACAUAGCAGCUUUAUCCGACAUCGACGACAAGCAGCAACUCUUUUGAAAAAUGUGUAGAAG